AUGGCUGCGCCUAACGACAAGCAACCCCCCGCAAUGCAGUCUAGCAUCCCACCCGUUUCGGGAGUGACUGCCUCUGCCCGUCUCGAGAGGAGUCAUCCUGGAGUGCGGCGGUCAACACCCGAUUCAGAUGCCCUAGCCUCGUCAGACGACGACGGCGACCAUAUUCCUCUCACUCACACCAUCACGGCACCUGCAACUAAGCCAGUGCGCCGCACCUCCUGGUUGAACGAGAUCCCUCUCUCAGCGCAGCGCAAGCAUUCGCUACCAGGAGGCCCUCUCACAUCUGCCCCUUCUAACCCGGCAAGCCCCUCCAGUGAACAGGCCCCCUGGACGUCAAACGCCACCAGCCCUGGACUCAGUGGCUCGUUCAACUGGAACCAAGCUGGUGGGAGUUCCUUCCCAUGGGGUACUGGGAUCUGGAACUCAGAAUCCCGCAAGGAACCCCCGUCUCGUCUGUCAGAGAUCGUCCCGUCUCCCACCAUGACCACCCCAGUUCCUGCGAGCGGUCCGCUCGGCGAGGAUAUGCUCAGCCCCAUCACUCGAACCAUUUCUGGUGAAUCGGCUAUUCCUUUCUCGAUCCCGCUCCAUCCAACUCCCAAGACAUACCGUUCUCAGUCAUAUUCCGUCGGUCAAAUGGACCCGGAGUACCUUGGGAUGAUCGCGAACAAGGCUGGACCUGGUGCACAGUACCCCAGUGGUCGCUCUCGGGGCCCAGGGCAACUGUCCUCUGGCCAACCUCGCGCGUCACGGCCCAGCGUACUUGGCGAACUCGGGCAUGAUCCUGCCAUGCUCGGUCGUGUUCGAGAGGACGAUGAUGGCGACGAGAGCCCCAAUGGCUCUGACGGUGACACAAACUAUGCCGCUAGCCAAGCCCGCAAAAUCGAACAACUAGCCCGUGAAAACGCAAUUCUCCGCCAACAGGCCGCCGCAGGCCAAAUGGAUAGCCGCUUCCGUGAUCGCGCAUCGUCGUCCGCCUCGGUUGUGAGCGGGAUUCACUCGGCACAUCGCAUCCGAGGGGCUGUUCCAGAAGAAGAUCUGGCCGUUGAGGGUCCGGGUGAAUUGCUUGACAUCCAUGGAUAUGGCAAUGUGCGCGGUGGCAACCGACGACGCUUCUCUGAGCACUCCUCCAAUAUCGAUCAACAGUUCUCUACGUUUGCUACGCCUCCUGAGAACCGGGCACUGGAAAAUGUGCGCAAGGCACACUGGCAAACCUCUCUCGGGUUUGCGGGCGCUGCCGAUAUGCCGCAGAGCCGCCGUCACUCCUUUGCCGACAUCCCCAUGCGCCAUGGCUCCAUUAGCUCAGUCGACUCGCAUGCAACGGCCACUCCCCGGGCAGCGCUUGGAGAUCGCGACGACGGAUAUGGUAAUAUCAGCGAGUACUCCAACCCGUCACUGCAACAGGCAUCAUAUUACUCCCGCGAGCAGACUCUGCGCGGCGACGGUUCUUCCGGGAUUCCUGCCUCGCUCAACCAGUAUGCCAUGUCUGGUGCGUACGGCCGUCAGCCAGCCUCUCUCUCGCACGGUCAUCAGAACCAGCUUCUGUACAUCGUUACCUUCAAGUGCCACCGUGCCGACGUCUUCUACAUCCAAGAAGAUACCGGUCUUCAGGUGAAGUCCGGUGACCUUGUCAUCGUCGAAGCAGACCGCGGCACCGACUUGGGCACCGUCCAGCAUGCCAACAUCUCUCUGCAAAAGGCACGAGAACUGAAACAGCAAUAUGCCGAGGAGCAUUAUAAAUGGCUCAUGAUGUUCUCUCGCCAGGGACAGCUUGAGGGCUCGGCUGCCGGCAGUACCGGAUUGACUGCUCGCAGCGCCACAGGUGGCAUGGGUCCGCAUGCUCAUGGCGUCCAGGAGACCGCCACUGACAUCAAACCCAAGCUUAUCAAGCGUCUCGCGCAGAACCAUGAGAUCCUGACUUUGCGCGACAAGGAAGGUAAUGAAGCGAAAGCGAAACGUGUCUGCCAGCAAAAGGUGGCUGAGCACCGUUUGAACAUGGAGAUUCUGGAUGCUGAGUUCCAAAUGGACUGGAAGAAACUCACCUUCUACUAUUUCGCCGACUCUUAUAUCAACUUCAACUCCCUGGUCACCGACCUGUUCAAGAUCUACAAGACCCGGAUCUGGAUGUCUGCCAUUAACCCUGCCUCCUUUGUGACUCCGCCUACCGCGGGUCUCCAAGGGGCGCCCACUGGCAUGACUAACCCGCUCUACAGCCAGGAUGCUGCACAAGCUGACCGCCGUCAACAACAAGAUGGUAGAGCCUAUCCUGGAACUCGGGACGAAGUUGGGCGUGAGACCAUGGCAAAUCCAGUUGGGGUGCUCAGAUCUGCAUACGCUGACGCCUACCCGUCAUUUGCACCGCCAUCCCGGCACGUUGAUGGCGCGACUGCUGACCCUUUCGGUCCCUACUCACCUACCAGCUUCGGGGCGUUGGAGACCGGGUUCUCUGCCUAUCAAGUCGGUGAUAUGGGUUCCAACAGUGCAGCCCGUAUGCCCUCCGCACAGGGUGAGUGGGUAGGCAGGUUCCAAGGCCUGUCUCUCAACUCUUGA